AUGUCAACAUCCCAAGGAGUUAAUGUACUCCGGUGGUCAGCUCUCGUUGCCGGUAUUUUCUACGGAUUUUCGCAUCAAAGAACCAUCAAUGCACAUUCUGCAGCUGCACGCGAGAAGGCCGAAUACGAUCACAAACUCGAAUUAAUACAAAAAGCCAAGCUGGAAUGGGCGAAGAAGACGCUGCCUCCUCAAGCCAAGACGGCCAGUGAUGACAUCAUUACGGAUCCCAAUGACAAGAAUUUCGAUCUCGAGGCAUACCUAACAAAGCUUUCCGCAGAAAGCUGA